AUGUUGUCGAUCAUCCUCGCCGCUUUAAUUUGUUUUAUACAAUUCGCUUUUUCCGAUUAUUGCGGUACAAAUGCGUUCGCGAUUGGCUUCGAGGUUCGUCAUAGCGGAAUGGUUGGAUUAAUAUGCUCAAAACCGAACUGUAUGGAUAAAAAAUUCUUGGAAUGCCCAGAGCGUCCAGAAUUCCGACGCGGAUGUCCAGGUCCCAACGAGCUAGUCGGGGCCAUCGAAAAAACAGUUGACGACGAGCUUCAGAUGAUGUGCUGCGAGUUUGAGAAUCUUGGCAAAAACUCGAAAAUUCGAUACGCCCAGGUCCGUUUAAGACGCGGAGAGUUCUAUGAAGGCGAAGAAAUCGAGAAUAAGGAUGGCGAUGUGACAAAAUUCGAUUUCAUCAAAGAUAUCAAUGUAUACAGGGACAAUUUUGGAAUUCCCUAUUAUAAUCUCACAGUUUACACUCUGGAUUGCUCAAAUUUCUUCGAUGAGAAGCCCGCGUGGUUCCAAAGAUCUCAAUGGCCCUAUUUCACAUUCCACAAGAACUAA